GCUAUGUGAAAGAAAAUCACCGAACAGCGGAAAUGGAUAUUUUCCUUAAAAUUCGACUUCAGAUUUCUCCAAAUUGUUGCUUCACGUGAUCAGACCCGGUAGUGAAGACCACACGUGAGCAGUGAGAGGGUCUGCGGAGCUCGGUCCGGACCAGAGAGGACCAGUUUGGAUCGGCACGGAUCGGUUUGGUUUGGUUUGGUUCUGAUUAAGGUGACCGUCUGUGUGACGUCAUGUCGGCGGUCUGUGAACCUGGACAGUUUGAUGACGCAGAGGAGGACAGCAUCCAACCAGAGCUGUUGGCUGUGACGAGCCGCAUCAGUGAUGUCACUCUGCAGCCUCCAUCAGACGCACCGGAGGAGGAACAGGAGGAAGAUGAGGAGGAGGAGGAGGCAGAUGAGGAGGAGGAGUGGGCAUGGCGUUCAGCAGGAGGAGAUCUGACCAAACGAUACAACAGGACGUCUCUAAACUGUCAGGUCAGAACCCCUCUGAUCAAUAACAGCGAUCGGUGCAAUCAAUCAGUCAGUCAGUCAAUCAGUCAGUCAGUCACACAGACAGUAAACAGGGAGGAGACCUGAGAGGAUUUAUGAAAUCUUGUCUCGAAUGACCAGCACAGACCUGAUCAGAGUGAUUGAUGACUGAUAGUUUAGUUUAGUUUAGUUGAGAGGUUAUAAAUAAAACAUGUCUGAUGGAGAUCGUCCACUGACGAAGAACUACGAUCAUUGAUAAUCAGAAAAAGAUGGAAACAACAACAGGUUAGUUAACGGGUUAAUUAACAGGUUAAUUAACAGGUAAGACAGGUUAGUUAUCAGAUUAAUUAGCAGGUUCAACAGGUUAAUUGGCAGUUUAGUUAGUGGGUUAAACAGGUUAAUUCAUAGGGCAAACAGGUAAAAUAGCUGGUUAAUUAACAGGUUAAUUCAUAGGUUAAUUAGCAGGUUAAACAGGUUAAUUAACAGGCUUUAUGUUCAGUUAUUUUUGUGUUAUGUGUUUAAAUUGCUUCAAUAUUGUUAUUUAAUGUCUUAUUCUAUUUAAAUUCCCAGUUUUUAUUCUUCCUUUAUGGAAAUUGUUUCGCACCAAAACACCAAGUGGACUUACUGUAAAUGUAAACGUCCUCGGCAAAAACACCCAGACUCUAGCUGUGUUCGAAACCGUCCCCCCAACGUAGUGUCCGAAAUCUCAUUUGUUAUUCCCUAUAUAGUUCACUAUUUGAUACACACGACAGAGUGAACGAGUGAAC